ACGUUAACGGUUAAGUUAGCAUCCACCCUGUUGAUGUUGCUCACCGGGCAGAUAGCGGUUCCGCUAAGCCACAUUCAUUCCGCUCACCUCUCUUUCAUUAGGUGCUUGAUUCUGACUAUGGCCUUCUCGUCGAUCUUCCUGAGGAAGGUUUUCAAUCUAUCCCUCUUGUUUUCAAGCAUCCUUUCCCUCAGCCAGUGGUGGUCGGUUCAAGCAGAAACGACGCUCCACGCCAAACUCCACCGUUCUUGUUUGGCUUCUGUUUUUUUUUUUUUUUCUUCUCCCCUUCCCACUUCAUCCACGGCUGAUUAAGAUAAUGAUCUUGAAUCGGACCAAGUCAGCCGACCAAUCCGCGUCGGCGACAACUUAGAAAAAACGGUCAUGUCAGAUCGGUUAUCCAACCAGAACGGGGUAGUUGGCUUGCCCCGACCGCCCAUUACCUUAUUUGGUAGUCGGGUUGUGCCUUUCUUGAAACCUAUAAAAGGCAACUCAGGCGCCGCCACACCACCAGGAACAGAAGAGGCAGUGUACUGCCACAUGACACAGCAAACACGCCACCCUCACACAAUCUGGCUUAAACCAUCCAGCCCCCGGUCUUCCCUUCUGUCUCCUCUGCCAGGAAACAAAGCAAAUAGAGAGAGGGAAAUCACGCUUCACAAGGAAUGCAUCACCAGGGUUCCCAGAAGAGGACCAUAUCUGAGCAGGGGCCCGAUGCAGAACGGGGGGGCUAUGAGCCCGCAGGACUCUAAGGCAACAGGGGCUGAGGCAAUGGAGGAGCAGAAGGCCCAGAACCAUAGCCAGAAUCAGGGAUGUACGGAGCCCACAGCACCUCCUCUUCCUCCUCCUUCACCACCACAACCAGGGGAACCAGAAUACCCGAGACCCAGGCUCAUCUUCCACACCCAGCUGGCUCACGGGAGUCCCACAGGCCGCAUCCACGGAUUCACCAACGUGAAGGAGCUGUACGCCAAGAUCGCUGAAGUGUUCAACAUCUCUCCAUCAGAGAUCCUGUUUUGCACCCUCAACUCUCAUAAAGUGGACAUGCAGAAGCUGCUGGGGGGGCAGAUCGGACUUGAAGACUUCAUCUUUGCUCACGUCAGAGGGGAGACCAAGGAGGUGGAGGUGAUAAAGACAGAAGACGCAUUGGGCCUUACUAUCACAGACAAUGGAGCAGGAUAUGCUUUCAUCAAGAGGAUAAAAGAAGGCAGCACCAUAGACCAGCUCAAGACAGUAUGCGUUGGUGACCACAUUGAGGCCAUCAAUGACCAGAGCAUUGUAGGGUGUCGACACUACGAGGUUGCUAAGAUGUUAAAAGAGCAAACAAGAGGCAUACCUUUCACUCUCCGCCUGGUAGGGCCGAAGAAGGCCUUUGAUAUGAUUGGAAUGAGGACCAGAGCUCCAAAAUCUAAUGAAGGAAAGAUGGUGAACGGGAAGGAGACCCUGCGUCUUCGCUCCAAGGGUGCUGCUACAGUUCAGGAAGUGCAGAAUGAGUUUGAAGAACGGGCCACCAAGAAAGUGGAUGACCUGUUAGAGAGCUACAUGGGCAUCAGAGAUCUGGAGCUGGCAACCACCAUCGUGGAAGCAGGCAAAGACAAGAAGAACCCUGAUGACUUUGCAGAGGCCUUGGACUCAGUUCUGGGAGAUUUUGCUUUCCCUGAUGUAUUUUUGUUUGAUGUAUGGGGAGCUAUUGGAGAUGUCAAGAAUGGUAGAAUUUAGACAUUUACCAUAGCUAAACUCAACAGCAAGAGAGAAAGAGCUCUGUUUAUUGGUACAUCAAAGUGGAACAAAAACAUCCAUUUUAAUCACUUCCUUUAAAAUCAAGACAGAGACUGCAAUUAAUUCAAAAAUUUCCCUUUGAACAUUUAAAGCAGAUCAUCACUCCCAAAUUUGGACAAAUCUCUACAACAAACAGAGAACAGAAAAUUGCAGUCGAGUUUAAUAUAUAUAUAUUUGUAUUGAAAUCAAAGAUUGAAAUGAACCUUUACUGUAGGCAUUUAGCUGGGGAUAUUGUUCAGGGUGGACAACAGUGACAGUAAAAUUAGAUGGUUCAUCAAAAUACAGGAAUCUCCCCAUUUUGAUCAAAGGGGCUCUCUCUCCAUACAAUAAGACCAUUAUGUAAAGGGUAUUUAAACAACAUGUCAGGAAACACAGCUGCAAAACAGACACUCAUCCAGCCAUCUAGGAAUCAAGGAAGUUAGAUAAGCUGCAGUAAACCAUUUUCCUCUGAUGAAAACCCACUGGGAAUAACAGCAGAGGAACAAGGAGACAUUUUUGGGUCAUUCCAAACUGUAUUAGUCUACUUCUUCAAUACCAAUAACCUAUACAAGCCGGAGAUGCAUGAUAAGUUGUUCAUGUUUGAAAGUAGGUUGUCACUAUAUUUCUAUAGAAUUUGUUGACCUUUUCUGAAAUAACCAAGUGCUCCAAGUUCAAUUAAAAUAAUUGCCAGUAUUUAUUUAUUUAUUUCUCAGUCAUCUAAGUAAGUUAUUCAUCUGAACUUGAACUGUCAAAAAUUGAAAAUGAAAACGGAGAAAUCUGACAAUGAACGUCAAGGAGAUGGGCUAAAUGGCACUGCCUUGCGAUUCACAUUUUACCACAUGAUCAUUACUGUCAAACAGGAAGCAAGCCUAGAACUUCUCACGAUAACAAAAUAACCAAAUAAAUAAAACUAUCUUGUGUGCAUGUGAACCAUUUCCUUGAAGUUUUCUGCAUUAAUUUUGCCUUAAAAAUGAAGGUCUUCAUGCUCACUAAUAUUAAAAUUCCAACUUUACAGGAAACUUUCUGGUUUGUAUCAAAGAGAUAAUGUAAAUAUACUGGAUCAGUUUGUUGCAGUCUUUAUACUUCAGUACAUCUGUUCUUAUUUCCAAUGUGCUGCUUUCUCUUUCUGUCUCUGCAUUGGAGAGUAUUUACUUUAAAAGAAGGAACCAUCAAACUACAUAUUGGAGUUUGACAGUUAUAUGUUUUCUGGAUCACCAAACAAUGUGGACAAUUUAUAAAGUCAUAUUCUUUGCAUACAUGUGAGCAAGCAAACACUGAACAGCCACAUUUUAAAAUACAGUUUGACACCGCUUCACUUAUUGUGACUACACUGUUUCAGCUACUGCUAUCAGUAUUUGUAUGAUGUUUUGUUGUAACACUUUGUAUAUGACUGCACCUCUUUGUGAAGACCUGAAAAUGUAUGGCACAUUUCAUAUGUUUAAAGUAAGUAAAAAGGUUGAAAUGAUA